AUGUCCUGGAUAUUGGAAAACGCAGAUCUCACAGAAAAGCAGGUCAUUUGUUCAUCAGCAUCUGCUCGUACUAGAGAUCGCCUUGGAAAGUUCUGUUUUGCCCUGUGUGGCAUCAAUAUGACAUCUUUAUUAGCAUUACUGACAUUAUUUUUAUUCAACAAAACUGCAGAGAAGAGGAAAAAGUUUGAUUUGCGUUCCUCCUAUCAAGUGCGAGAAAAUGCCGACGUCCUGAAGAUCAUGCUUCCACUGUCAAUUUUUGAGACGUUUUGUUAUGGAAUUUUUUCCCUUUAUGGCGGUCUCAUCUAUAAGUUUCACAACCAGCUCCCCGCAGUCACAUCUCAAAUUCUUUUGACGAGUGGAUACGUCGUCCCCUACUACACACUUGUAUCUCCAAUCAUUUUUUCGUACCUGAUCAGGCGCUCACGACGAAUGAGAGUCACCCGAAUGAAGGAAAUGACAAACAGAAAAGACGAAGCAGAAUCUUAUAUACAAAUGUGCACUGAGAUGUGGAAUCGGCCUGUCACGAAAAAGAAUUGA